AUGAAGAAUGAAUGCCUUAUGUUAUCAAGAAAGAGGCUCAUCGGCAAGAAAGCAAGCAAGAAGCAAGAUGAGAAGACAUCUUGCAAGGACAUGCAUCGUAUUUGCUACACUUACCAGACCAAGAGAUAUAUUAGUAAAAAUUACCCCAAAAGUAAUAUUCUUAAGACUAACUUUUUCAAUAAUGAUCAAUACUUAUUUAGGAAUGCUAAGAAUGGUGCUUGUAUCGCUAAGAGGUAUUGUCCUGAGGUAGAAACUAGCAUUAGAGGUAUUGUCCUGACAUCACCAGCUGUUCGUGUUCAGCCUGCCCACCCAAUCGUAAGGGUCAUGGCACCAGUUUUUGCACUCAUCGCACCGAGGUACCAGUUCACGGGUUCCCACAGGAACGGGCCACCGGUGUCGCGAGACCUCGAGGCCCUGAGGUCCAAAUACUCGGACCAGCUCGUGUUCACCGGCUCCAUCCGGGUCAGGACGGGCUACGAGAUCCUCCACCUGACGUCGUACCUGCAGCAGCACCUGCACAGGAUCGCCGUCCCGAUGCUGGUGCUGCACGGCGCUGACGACCUGGUGACCGACCCGGAGGGCUCGCGGGCGCUGUACCAGCAGUCCUCGUCCCCGGACAAGUCCAUCAAGCUCUACGACGUGCUGCUCUACGACAAGUCCAUCGAGCCCGAGAAGGAGAAGGUGAUGAACGACAUCGUGGCGUGGUUGGACCUCAGGAUCUGA